AUGGCCGCAUCGUACACCCUCCCCACUGUCCCCACGAAGCACUCCACCUUCAUCGAUUACAUCAACUCUCAUCCUCAAGAGUCAAUCCCCGAUCUUGUGCGACCAUACAACGAGUACGAUGCAGUCCUUCGCAAGAUCUACGCCCAGCAACCAUCCCACCCCGCGGUCGCAGACAACCUCCUCAAUGUGGUGCCGCUGUUCGAUGCCAAUGGCUCGGCCGAUCUUCGGAUUCGCGCACGUGAUCUGUCUGCGGAGCCGGAGGAGCUCAAGGCCAAGUAUCUGAUGCCGCUGAAAGACGAGGAUCGAAAAGCGAACGGGUCUCCAGCGGUGGUGUCCUCCUUCAAGCAGUUCCAGACAAACUUCAACCUGUUCUCUGAGAGUGCGCUGAGCGAUCUCGACUGGAGCAAUGUGGUUGCAGCGGGAAGUGCGGUGACCACGUCUUUAUUGCCCGUUCCCGAGGAGUACCGCGACUCGAAACGCGGCCUGCGCGAAUUCUACCAUGAGAAAUUUGCUCCGGCCUCGGAUGUCGAUCUGUUCUUGCAUGGGUUGACGGAGGAACAAGCCAUCGAGAAGAUCAAGCAGAUCGAAACCCGCAUCAAGGACUCGAUCCUGGCUGAAACUUCCACCAUUCGCACAAAGAAUGCCAUUACGAUCGUGUCGCAGUAUCCCACACGCCAUGUUCAAAUCGUCCUUCGGAUCUACAAGUCCAUCGCCGAGAUCUUGACCGGCUUUGACGUCGACUGCUCGUGCGCAGCGUACGAUGGUCGCCAGGUGUAUCUGGCACCGCGUGCCGUUGGUGCGUUUGUCACCCAAAUCAACCAUGUGGAUCUUUCCAGACGGUCGCCGUCGUACGAGAAUCGCCUUUCAAAGUACGCUCGCCGAGGAUUCGAAGUGUUCUGGCCAUCGUUGGACCGCUCCAAGAUUGAUCCGACGAUUUUUGAGCGCAGCUUCACCCGGACGCUCGGCCUUGCCCGUCUUUUGGUGCUGGAGAAGCUCCCGAAGCCUUCCGACCGGGAUGCAUACAUCGACAAGCGGCGUAGAGAGCGAGGUCGACCGGUUCCCAUGCGGAUCUCAAAGCAGCUCCGAGGAAACAUCAAGAAUGACUGGGAUGACGAAGUGCCUGAAUGGGUGGAUGAGGAGGAUGUGUCCGACUACCAUACCUUUACCAUUCCUUAUGGCGAAAAAUUCCACGCUCGGAAGAUCGAGAAGCUGCUCUACACCAAGGAUUUGCUUCUCAAUGCGGAAUGGAACAAACCCAAAGACCGCGACGUCCACCUUCAUCGGCAUCCAGCUUUCUUCGGCAACGUUGAAGAUGUGAUCGAGGAUUGCUGUGGCUUUUGUCCUGUCCCCGUCACUUCCGAGGAGAAGGAAUUGGCCGCGGAGGAGAGCAAGAUCUAUGUUUCGGGCAGAAUCAAGUUCCUCCAGGACAACCCCGGCCGCCAGGAGAUUGGCAGUUUCCACCCUAUCACCGAAACCGAUUGGACCGAAAUGGCAUACGUCGGAAACACAGCAGGCCUGUGUCAAGCGAUCGUCGACGAUGACUUGGAAGGCGUGAAGCAGUGGCUGUCACACGACUUGGACGUGAACCGUCGCGAUUUUACCGGUCGCACUCCGCUGCAUCUGGCGGUCAUGACCUCCACCCCCGAAAUCGUUCGGUGUCUCGUGGACCACGGAGCUCGUUUGAUCGCCCGACUGGCGGACGGGCGAACGGCCUUACAUCUCGCCGCGGCUCGCGGCCAUGUCAAGAUGAUCAGGAUCUUGCUGACGAAGAGCGAGGAAAAUGAGGAGGAGGAAGCUCGCAAAGAGCAGGCUCGCAAGGAAGCCUCAUCCAAGGAAGAGGCCAAGGAAGAGGCCAAGGAUGGCGGGCGCCACGUGGAGGAAGAUGCCGAGCUCAUCAGCCGUCAUUCCGAGGAGAGCGAGGCCGAUGCUCAGUCUUUUGCCACCGGUUCUUUCGUCAAAGUCAAGGAUGCGCAGGAUACUGCACGGGGAUCGGUGCCCGAUGAUUCGAACGACCAGGACCCUGACGUCUACGACAUCAAUGUGAUCGCUUGGGACAGUCAUGCCUCCCCGCUGCAUCUUGCGAUCGUGAACGGCCACGUCGCUGCUGUUGAGGAACUGGUAUCCUCUUUCGGCGCCGAUGUGCUUCUGCCGGUCAAAUUGCUGCACGAGUAUAACAACAGCCCGCGAGCUGCCAUCAUCACGCUGGUCUUGGCUCUUCAACUGCCAAUCGAGCAAGCGAAGGCGAUGACGACGAAGCUGCUGCAACUGGGCGCCUCGCCUGCACAGGCAGACCUUGAUCAGAAGACGGCCGUGGCACACAUUGCGGCUUCUCCGAAAUACACUGAGUUGCUGGACACGUACCUGCAGCAUGACCGUCCCGCAGUCGAACGGACGAUCAACUACAUCGCCACUAGUGGUUGGCGAUUCAACCCCAAUGCCGAGUCUGCGCUGACAACCGCCAUCAAAUCGGGGAAUGUCGUCGGAGCCUUGAAGUUGCUGGAAGCACAUGCGAGCCCAACUAUCGCCUUUGACGAAUUCAUCAAGUCAGCACAGGUGCACAUCGAUGGAAUACGGAACGACACCUCCGAUCAAGUGAAGAGAAACUUCGAUGCCGGCGUGACCCAGCCUAUUUUAUUGAGUGUCAUCAAAGAACAGCCAUCCGUGGCCCUGGAGCUUCUGGCCCGAGGCGCAGAUCCCAAUACACUGACUACACAAGGGUACAGGCUGCAGCAUGACUCCCACGCGAGAACCUACCAGCACGGCGAAUCACUGCUGGACUGUGUGCGGGGAAAGCUGAAGGCUCUGCGUGCGUACAAGCCCGAGACUCACACCCUGUUGCCGCCCAAACCCUUGGAGCACGAGGACAGCUACUAUCUUGCGCCCUUCAAAGUAGAUACAUACCGGCUGUGGACGGCAAAGGCCGCUCUCCGCAGUGCGCACUCCCGUGAUGAAUCAGAGCAGAAACUCUACGACAACGACGUGAAGAGUGCAGCGAACCGCAAGGGGGUCGAGGAGAAGAAGGCGGCCGUGCAACUGGCUCUCAGUGAGUUUGAGAAGCUCGAGAAGGAGUUACUUGCCAGGGGGGCCAAGGCGUUCAAGGAGCUGUUUCCAGACAUUGAAAUGUCUUCCGAUAACCGACGGAAUAAUUACCCAUCCGCCGUCAUCAAGCCUGGUCCAUUCAAGGUGACCUUUGACUUCAGGAGACCGGAUCUCAACGACAUCACCCGGGAGGGUUAUAUCCAAUUGUUUGAGGCAGCGUGGCGUGGUGAUCUCGAGACGAUCAGAUCACUCACCCUCGGGACGUGGGGUCCAGACAAGCACAGACCGCCGCUGGAGAUUGCAACGAAAGACCAGAGAAACUUCGACCCGUUCAGCAUCGCCGUCCUUCGUGGACAUUUGGAUGUGGCGAAGGCGAUUAUCGCUAUUGCUCAAGUGCAGUACAAGCCUCAGGACCAGCAAGAAAAUGCGCGGUAUAGGCUGCGAACCACAGUCAACAAUGACGAUGAUUCUUCCUGCGACGAGAGAGAGGACGAUAGUGACGAGCUCGAUAUCGAGAGGCAGAUCCUGGAUGAAGAAUUCACUAUCGACAACAUUGGCGAGGUCAAGACGCAGGUCGAGAGCAAGGUCUCGCCUCUUUCUCUCUUGAAGGACAGUUGUCCGGUGGAAGGUUUUACAGGGACAUCCCUACCGGAUGGGCAAAAGCCUCUCAAUCUUGUCCAGUACGCAAUCUGGAAGGAUGAUGUUGAGCUUCUGGUCUUCCUACUGGACCUCGGCCGGGAGCUGUCUGCGAAGUCCGGAAGCUCCGAGCAGACUAUCUUCACGGUGGGAAAGUGGGAUCUUACCAUGGCAAUGCAGCUGGGGCGACUCGGUUGCCUGGCAGAACUCAUCAAACGUACUGGGGCUGGCAUUCAAUUGGACAAGCUGGCGGAGCAGAGCGGAGUGGAGAUCAAGGACAAGCCCAAAUACUACCAGGGACUGUCGAUUCACGGCAAGAAGCGAGCGGAUUGGGCGGCUGCAGGUCGCGGCAUCCUUCCCGUGAAGCCUGAGGAGGAGCAACCUCCCCUCCUGGUUGCUGCCCGGCAAGGAAACCUCGAAGCAGUGGAGUGGUUCUUGGGAACUGCACCGGGCCGUUACUAUCUUGAGUUUGCUGAGGCACACAAGCACGAUAAGCGCAUCAAGAGGCUCGCGAUGGGAAAGCUGGGUGUCGAGCGUUCCAUUACAAACAGUUUGAAUUGCAGACGUGAUCUUGUCCUCCAUUGUGCCCUUUUCGCAAAGCCAACGGUCGAGUCGGAACGACUGGUCAAGUACUUGGUUCAGCAUCUCCCUCACUGUCUUGAGGUCAAGUCCGUGGACGGAUACACCCCCUUGAUGAUUGCAUUCUCGCUUCUGCGUCCUACUUAUGCCAAAAUCCUGAUCGAAGCUGGGGCCGACCAGACCGUGCGCGAUAAGAAAGGCAGCAACAUCCUUCAUCUUCUGUUCUGCGGUGUCACCUCCCCCUCGGACGAAAAGCUGAAUGACCUCCAGAAAAUGCUCGAACUGGUUGAUCCGUCGUUGAUUUGCUCCCUGCUCACAGAGCGUUCGUCAUAUGGUCCCGGCUCGCUGACACCCUUGGCAAUGUGGAUGGUGCGGGCCUUGAGCACCGCGAAUACCUACUCCGUCUACUACAAUGGAAACAACCGCGAAGGCGAGAACCAAAUGAAAGCCCUUUGGACGAUCUUGAACUUUGCCGAAAGUACCGGGCAGAAGCAUCUCGAGCUGUUGGACGGGGCUGGCAACACCGUUGUGCACGAUGCCGUGCGGUGCCAGCUCCUUCAGACACUGGAGAUCUUGCUCGAACGCCGUCCGGAUCUCCUCCACCGCGAGAACGCCUCUGGAUCUACGCCUGCUGAACUCGCCGAGGCCGCGUGGGUCACUGAGGUUACAUCCAACCCUCCCGGAUCGCAGCAUCGACACAGGUACAUCUACGCCAGCAAUCAGUAUGGAGACAGCCUUGUGCAACGUCGGCCCGAGUCCUUUGUCGAGAAGGACGACGAAGCCCCAACGAUGAAACGGAAGAUCUACGACUUCUGCCGUGACAAGGCUGAGACUUUGGAAGGACCCAAUGCCAAGCGGAGAUUGGUCACUUUGUUCGAGGCCAAUGAAGUCGCGAGAAGAUUGGCUGCAAAGGAUCCGCAGGAGACUCGGUACGUUGGCCGUGCGGCGAGGCGGAGACGAUGGAACGAGCAGAACGAAAGAGAGUUUGGUGACGAAGUUCGGGAAUGGCUUCCGGAUGUGUAUCAGCAGUAG